UGAGGGCGGACCCGGUGGGAAGCGGCUUGUUGCCACGUCGGUGAACUUGUUGGAUCCUGUGAAUCAAAAUCAAUUAGAAAUAAAAACCCAGGAUUAUAUCUGAGGAUCCGCUGCAGUCAUGGUUUCUGUCAUCAACACGGUGGACACUUCUCAUGAAGAUAUGAUCCACGAUGCUCAGAUGGAUUACUACGGGACCCGUCUGGCCACCUGCUCCUCUGACCGCACCGUGAAGAUCUUUGACGUCAGGAACGGAGGGCAGAUACUGGUCGCCGACCUCAGAGGACACGAGGGUCCCGUGUGGCAGGUGGCGUGGGCUCACCCGAUGUUCGGCAACAUUUUGGCUUCCUGUUCCUACGAUCGUAAAGUCAUCAUCUGGAAGGAAGAGAACGGAGCCUGGGACAAGAUGUACGAAUACACCGGACACGAUUCGUCAGUGAACUCUGUGUGUUGGGGUCCGUAUGACUUCGGUCUGAUCCUGGCCUGUGGAAGCUCAGACGGAGCCAUUUCCCUUCUCACAUUCACUGGAGAUCAGCAGUGGGACAUCAAGAAGAUCAGCAACGCACACACUAUCGGCUGUAACGCAGUGAGUUGGGCUCCCGCUGUGGUUCCAGGCAGCCUGAUCGAUCAGCCGUCGGGACAGAAGCCAAACUACGUCAAACGCUUCGUCUCCGGAGGCUGCGACAACCUCGUCAAACUCUGGAAAGAGGAGGACGGUCAGUGGAAGGAGGAUCAGAAGCUGGAGGCUCACAGUGAUUGGGUGAGAGACGUCGGCUGGGCUCCUUCCAUCGGUCUUCCCACCAGCACCAUCGCCAGCUGCUCUCAGGACGGACGCGUGUUCAUCUGGACGUGUGACGACCCUGCAGGCAACACCUGGUCGGCCAAACUGCUCCACAAGUUCAACGACGUCGUCUGGCACGUCAGCUGGUCCAUCACUGGGAACAUACUGGCUGUUUCUGGAGGAGACAACAAGGUGACGCUGUGGAAGGAGUCGAUGGACGGUCAGUGGGCGUGUAUCAGCGACGUCAGCAAGGGCCAAGGAGCCGUCUCCACCAUCACAGACACACAGCAGACUGAGCAGUGACACACACAAACACACAUAUUACAACAACCCCAAUCUUAAUUAAGUGUUAAAAAAAACAAGCCGGAUAUUUCAAACGUUGUCCACACUGAUCGAGCUCGACUGUUUGAUGAUGUCACGAUGACAUGAUGAGUUAUAUUCAGGAGUUCAUGAGGAGAUAUUCCUAAAUUUUAUCUCAAAGGGAACAAAAUAUUCUCUUAAAAAAGCUGAAUCUCCACAUAAUGUUCGGCUUAUUUCCCCCUUUUUGAUAAAAUCUGGAAAUACAAACACAAUUCUUGUUUUCUUAUCAGAUGCACUCCACUCCUGUUUAUUAUCAUUUCUCUCUCAGUUUAGUUUUUGUACAUUUAAACGCUCGUCCAAACACAAACUCUUCCCACCGGCACACGAUGCUCUUCUCCUCAAAAACAUUCCUCCUCCAUCAACGGAGACCCAGAAACCUGAACGGCCGCCAUCGCCAGGAUCGUCCCACCCGACGGUCACCUGACUGACUCAACAAGCUUUUUGUUCUUGGGACAGAAAAGUUCCUAUAAAAGUAUGAAACACUUUUUUUUCUUUCUUUAAUAUGUAAUUUGUUGCUAAAACCGUCUUCACUGCUCGGGCUGUAAAUGUUUCCACAGUGAAACACAUCAGCAAAAAGAAAAUGACUUGACAUGUGAGUUAAUAAUAAAAUAGUAAAUACAUGAUUUUAUUUAGUAAACUAUUGAAGAGUUUGGCAGUGAUUUAAAAAAAAAAGAAAAAGACAGAAAGUUAACAGUAACUAAAUUGCAGUACAUUGCAACCAGAGGGGGAAUAAAUCAAUAUGUUGCCAUGACAACCAUGAAUGGAGUUUCUUUGAGUUUUUCUUCCAGCUGUAAAAUCAGAACCAUGGAUGUGUUUUUCAUAUUUGAUGUAAUUAAAUGACUAUAAAUAUUGAAAAAGAAA